AAAGAUUAACACACAACCAACUUACCAAUAUCUUAGUCGAUUUGUGAUAUUCAUGGUGAUUGGUAUUAUAAUAAUCAAUCUAUACCUAUAAGUAUUAUAUAGGUAUUUAUUGGAUGAGAGAUACCCAAGGGAAAAAUGUUUUGAAGUCUAUGCUAUUUUUUUUAUAUUAUUCGAAGACUGGAUAAAAUUAGGAAAUUGUGCAUUAGUUUAGUGAAGUCUGUGAACAUGUGGAGAACGAAAAAUGUUUUCGUGAAAUCGAAAAUAAUAAGUAGCAGAAAUUAUGCAACCAACAAAAGCAAAAUAAUAGCCAUCAGACGCGAAGACCAAAGCGUCUGGGAACGACGAGCCCCCUUCUCACCAAAUCACGUACGAAAACUAGUGAAAAGAGGAGUCAAGGUCAUAGUCCAGCCCAGCAACCGUAGGGCGUAUCCCAUGCAAGCGUACCUCAGCGCUGGAGCUACAGUCCAAGAAGAUAUUUCUGAGGCUAACGUUAUUUUCGGCGUCAAACAAGUACCUGUAGAGCAACUGAUACCUGACAAAACCUACUGCAUGUUCUCGCAUACCAUCAAGGCACAGGAAUCGAACCUGCCCCUCUUGGACGCCAUCUUGGAGAAGAGGAUACGUCUGCUAGACUAUGAGAAGCUCAUGGAUGAAAAGGGGAUUAGGGUCGUGGCCUUUGGGAAGAUGGCGGGUAUUGCAGGGACUGUUAAUAUCUUGCAUGGUCUUGGACUGAGGCUGUUGGCCCUCGGUCAUCAUACCCCAUUCAUGCAUAUUGGACCUGCUCAUAACUACAGGAAUUCGAGUAUGGCUAGGCAAGCAGUUCGAGACUCUGGAUACGAAAUUGCUCUAGGUCUCAUGCCGAAAUCGAUUGGUCCUUUGACAUUCGUUUUCACGGGUUCUGGGAAUGUUUCUCAGGGUUCGCAAGAGGUUUUCCAGGAACUGCCUCAUGAGUAUGUCGCUCCUGAACAUCUCAGGAAAGCUGCUGAACAUGGAAGUCUCAAUAAAGUUUAUGGAUGUGAGGUGAGGAGAAGACACUACCUAGAACGUGCAGAAGGUGGUGGGUUUGAUCCUCAAGAGUACGAGGAGUAUCCGGAAAGAUAUAUCUCAACCUUCACCAAAAAGUUCGCACCCUAUGCAUCAGUAAUCGUCAACGGUAUUUAUUGGGCAGUCAACAGCCCAAAGCUGAUGACCAUACCCGACGCAAAACAUCUGUUGAGACCUGCACAUACACCUUGGUUACCCACAUCAGUUGGCUCCCCUGCGCUACCUCAUAGGAUGUUGGGAAUUUGCGAUAUCUCUGCAGAUCCAGGCGGUUCUAUUGAAUUCAUGAAUGAGUGUACAACGAUCGACACCCCGUUUUGUCUAUACGAUGCCGACAGAAACAAAGACACCAAAAGUUUCAGUGGUCCUGGUGUUUUGGUUUGCAGUAUAGACAACAUGCCCACUCAGAUUCCCAGAGAGAGUACCGAUUUCUUCGGAGACCUCUUGUAUCCAUUCACCUUCGAUAUUAUACAGAGUAAUGCUCAGGAGCCAUUGGAGAAGCAUAAUUUUUCUCCGAUUGUUCAAGGGGCCAUAAUAGCGAGUAAUGGGAAGCUUACCCCCAAUUUCGAAUAUAUUCAAGAAUUAAGGAAACAAUCAAUAAAAACCAAACAUAAAGCUGACCACAGGGAAGCCACGGAAAAACAAGUGCUCAUAGUCGGCGCAGGGAGGGUAGCAGCCCCCCUUGUUGAAUACCUCCACAGGGACAAAUCCAUCGGCAUAACAGUGGCGUGCGAGCAACACGACUUAGGGAAUGCUCUUGCCCAAAACUACCCAGGCGUGGAGAGCAUAUAUCUGAAUGCCAAGGAAAACGAUUCUGAAUUGCAUGAGUUGGUCAGGAAAUCUGACGUGGUAGUAUCGAUUUUGCCAGCCUUCCUUCAUCCCAUAGUGGCCAAGGCUUGUAUAAAAGAAGGAGUUCAUAUGGUAACAGCUAGUUAUAUGUCCAAUGAAGUGAAAGAUUUACAUCAAGCUGCCCUCAAUGCUGGGGUAACUAUUCUCAAUGAAGUAGGACUCGAUCCAGGAAUUGAUCACUUAUUGGCACUGGAAUGCAUACAAGAUGUCCAGAACAGCGGUGGCAGAGUUACAUCAUUUGAGUCCUUCUGUGGCGGAUUACCAGCUCCAGAAUUCAGUGACAAUCCUUUGAGAUACAAAUUUUCGUGGUCGCCAAAAGGAGCACUCUCAAAUACUGUGUCUUCAGCAAGAUACCUGAGAAAGGGCCAAAUAGUGGAGAUUAAAGAGGGAGGAGAGCUGAUGCGGGCCGUCAAACCUCUCGAUUUCCUCCCCGGCUUCAACCUGGAGGGCUUCCCCAACAGAGACAGCACCAAGUACGCCAAGUUCUAUGGCAUCGAGGACGCCAACACGAUCCUCAGAGGUACCAUCCGCUACAGCGGUUUUGCACAAGCUGCUGAACACCUCCAGUUCUUGGGCCUUCUGGACACGGAGGUGCAUCCGACCCUGCACGAACAAGGGCCCGAAAUCACCUGGAGGAAGUUUGUGUGCGAUUGCUUGGGCCUGGAGGACUCCAAUAUUUUCUACGACAACUUGAAGAACAAGAUCAUCGAGAGGACAGGCUCCGACGUUUCUGUCGAUAUUCUGGAAGAACUUGGACUGCUGGACGAGAAGACUGUGGUGAAGUGCGGCACUCCCAUGGACACUUUGAUACAUUAUUUGUCCACCAAACUGGCAUUAGGAAAAAAUGAGAGAGAUAUUAUUAUUCUGAGACACGAUAUUGGAAUUCAGUGGCCUGAUAACAAGAAGGAGGCCAGAGGUAUUAAUUUUGUGGUUUAUGGAGAUAUCAAUGGACAUUCAGCUAUGGCAAAAACAGUUGGUUAUCCUGCAGCAAUCGCCACGAAGAUGAUUCUUGAUGUUUUAGUGACAUCUAUUUUGAUAGGAAGCUUGUACCCCUCCUACAGUAUUCAUAAUAUGUUUUGAAAUAUUCAAAGGGAAAUUCAAGAAAGAGGGAGCAUUUUACCAUUUGCUCCCGAAAUAUAUCGGCCCAUUAUGCAACGAUUGAGAGCGGAAGGUCUCAACAGCACUGAAACAUCCAAAUUCUAAUUUUUUCCAAAAAUGUAUUGAUAAAAAAUAAUAUAUUUAUUGUAGUUUAGAGUUUCAUUACUGAUCCUAUCACACAAG